GGCUGCUCUCUCCGCCGCUGCUCUGCCUCUGACACUGUUCACCUCCAGCGGAGAAACUUUCGGGGAGUUCUUAGACUCUGUGACCGAGGAGAGACUGCAGGCAGCGGCCGAAGUGAAACGCGGCAGCCCCCGGGGACACAGACUGCGGUGCUACAGGAGGACACACUCACUUCUCCGCCUGAGGGAACAUUUUUUUCCGUGACAUGACUUGUUUUAUUUCAAACUUUUCUCACUGAAGCCAGCGCUUUUUUUUCUUCUUUUUUUUCUCUCUUUUUUUCACUUUUAGAGGGAACGUUGGCUUGUGUCGUGUAUUUUCGUGUGUUUCUUGUGUCGACAUUUACAUGAAUAUGCUCAGGAAUACGUGCGUUUGUCUUGCUUUCAGGAAGUGAAAGACUUUUGUUUUUGCGGAGCCCAAAUUAACCUGGACACCCCUCCUUCACUCCCUCACUCCUUCUCAAACUUGACUCUGUUCUCUGGAGAUAUGGCUUGGAUUCAAUGGGGCCUCUUGUUUGCCUUGGCUGCUAUGCUCUCCCCGGUCUGUGUGUCAGUGGAGCAGCGGCAGAGUCAUAGCGGCUUCAGGAGGCUGUACGUGCUCCAGCCCGGACCAGGACCAGGACCGGGACAGGGGCAGGGGCCGGGCUCGGGUUCUCCCGGGGCGGACGGCGGGCUGCGCGUCAGCUCCAUCACGACGCGUCAUGGCGCAGCGGGGCAGCCGCACGCGUACAACGUGGAGCUGAAAGCCAACUUCGGCGGCCAGGUUCGGACCCGCAGGAUGGGGAACCAGGCGGCAGCGGUGCCUCUGCCCCAGUUCAGUCAGCAGCAGCAGCAGCAGCAGCUCAUGAAGUUGUCUGGGGUGAAUGUCUGUGGGGGACAGUGCUGUCAUGGCUGGAGUAAAGCUCAGGGGUCGCAGCGCUGCACGAAACCCAACUGCAGCCCUCAGUGCCAGAAUGGAGGAAUGUGCCUCAGGCCUCAGCUCUGUGUCUGUAAGCCUGGCUCUAAAGGGAAGGCAUGUGAACAGAAGACGGCAUCCACGCAGCCCUUUCCUGCACCACCGGGGAAUGAACCCACCACUGCUCACAAUAAUAAUGGAUACAAUGUGGUGCCCCAGCGGCCCAUACCUCAGCAAGUGCCUCCCAGCGGCUACGCUUCUGCGCCCUCACCGGCCAGCAACAUGGCUCCUCAGAUGAAACUCACUGUCAAGCCGUACCCUCAGCAUGUGCGACCACAUUACAUCCAGCAACACAUCCAGCAGCAGAUCCGACCCAUGCACCCAGUUCAGAGCCAGCAGUACGUCCUAAAGCCCAAAUACUACCACACACACACCACACACACGCAGACACAUGUUCAGUCCCAUCCAGAGAGGCCGAUCCCACUGAGAGAGGGACACAGCCCCUUCCAUGCAGUGGGCAACCAUACAGGAAGGAUCAAGGUAGUCUUCACACCUACUAUCUGCAAAUUAACCUGCAUUGGAGGCAGAUGUCACAACAACUGUGAGCUGGGAAACACCACCACCAUCAUCAGUGAGAACGGCCAUGCCACAGAUACACUGACAGCACCCAACUUCAGAGUAGUGGUUUGUCAUCUCCCGUGUAUGAACGGCGGCAAGUGCAGCACCAGGGACAAGUGUCAGUGUCCUCCCAACUUUACUGGAAAGUUCUGCCAGAUGCCAGUUCAGAGUGGACACCACCACCAGCAGCAGCAGCAGCAGCAGCAGACGUCCAGCAGCUACAGCCAAACUCAGGUCCACUCCACACACACGCUGCCACUGACCUACAGCAACGGCCAGAGCACUGUAUUCAGCCCCAGCAUCGUCAACAUCCACAUCAAACAUCCUCCAGAAGCCUCUGUCCAGGUCCACCAGGUGUCUCAGCUGGACAACUACCACAACAAUGGUCACCAGUUCAAAGGUUCCCAGUCCGGCUCCUCCUCAUCCACCAGCUACACCUACCACCACACAGACAACAGCCAGAAGAUCCAGCACCACGGGUACAACGUAGUCUACCCAGGCCAGCACGGCUACCAGGUCCCUCAGUUUCAGCCUGUCACCUCCAAGAAUGCUCUGGGUCGCUGCUUUCAGGAGACCACAGGCAGUCAGUGUGGGAAGGCUCUGCCAGGUCUCACUAAACAGGAACAGUGCUGUGGAACCUUUGGGACAUCCUGGGGUUUCCACAAAUGUCAGAAGUGUCCAAAGAAACCAUCAAUCCCUCUGAUCGACUGUCCACAAGGCUACAAGAGAAUCAACAGCUCUCAUUGCCAAGAUUUUGACGAGUGCCAGCUGCAGGGUGUAUGUCCCAAUGGAAACUGUAUGAACACCGUGGGCAGCUACAGGUGCAUGUGUAAAGCCGGCUACAUUCCCGACCCCACGCUCACCACGUGCAUAUCUGACACGCCUGCCGUCCGAGAGGAGAAGGGGGCUUGCUUCCGUUUGGUCAGCUCAGGGAGACAGUGUUUGCACCCAGUUUCUGCCCAACUGAGCAAACAGCUCUGCUGCUGCAGUGUGGGCAAAGCCUGGGGCCCUCACUGCGACAAAUGCCCCCCUCCAGGCACAGCUAAAUUCAAAGAGAUCUGUCCUGGUGGAAUGGGCUACACUGUUCUACCAAACCCGCCGGUCCAUAAGCCGGUCAUCAUUUACCAGCAGCCCAUUGACCUGCUCCCACCUCAGCCCCUACCCACACCAGAGAGACCAGUGGAGGCUUUUGGGCAACCAGAUGAGAUCAUUCCAGUAGCAACAACUGCACCAGAGCAGGAGCUGAUAGUUCCUGGGUUUAGCGAUAGGCCAUUAGUUGAGCCAAUCCUGCCCCAGCUAUCACCGGGUGUGUCCACUGUCAAGAUGGAGGCAGCCUUCCCAGAGGUUGUGGAGAAAACCUCUCCACCUGCACCAGUGGAGAUCCUCCCAUCAAAUGCAGGCCAGGACAUCGCCCCCUCACAGUCAUCUGAGGUGGAUGAGUGUCAGAUCCACCGUUACAUCUGUGGUCAGGGGAUUUGUUACAACACCAUUGAUGGCUACACCUGCCACUGCAAUGAGGGAUACCGUCUGGAUGAUGCUCACAACACCUGUGUAGAUGUUGACGAGUGUUCGGACAGCCCGUCUCUGUGUGUUGGUGGUCACUGCAGGAACACAGAGGGCAGUUUCCUGUGCGUGUGUCCGAGGGGAUUUCUUGUUGACGAAGAGGGAACCAGUUGUGUUGAUGUUGAUGAAUGUGUGAACAGAACUGUGUGCCCGUCUGGCAUCUGCAUCAACGUGCCAGGGAGUUUCAACUGUGGCUCCUGUCCUCAUGGCUUCCUCGCACAUGGAGGCCAGUGUGUAGAUAUCGAUGAGUGUCAGGAUCAGCGUGUGUGCACCAGAGGUCACUGCCUGAACACUGAAGGCUCCUUCAUCUGUGAGUGUGGGCCGGGCUUCAGAGUAUCAGCAGCUGGAGACCAGUGUGAUGAUGUGGAUGAGUGUGUGGAGGAAGCGACGCCCUGUCACGAUGUAGGAGAGUGUGUGAACAGCCUGGGCUCCUACACGUGUACCUGCCCACAGGGAUACCAGCAGGUCAACAGCACCACCUGCAGAGAUGUUAAUGAGUGUAUGGACGAGCCAGAGCUCUGUUCCCCCAAUGGCGAAUGUCUCAACACAGAAGGAUCCUUCCUGUGUGUGUGUGAUAGUGGCUUCACUAUCAGCCUGGUCACACCCUCCUGUGAUGACAUUGACGAGUGCGACCUCAAUGAGACAAUCUGUGGCCCUCAUGGCUUCUGUGAGAACAGACUGGGCUCGUUCCAAUGCCUCUGUGACCAGGGCUACCAGGAGACACCGGAUGGCAAAGGCUGUGUGGAUGUGAACGAGUGUGAACUGCUGAGCAGUGUGUGUGGAGAAGCUCAGUGCGUGAACAUGGACGGCUCCUUCCUCUGCAUGUGUCCCAGUGGCCAGGACUACAACGUCAUGAUCGCCAAGUGUGAGCCUGUUCCCACAGUGUCGUCAGUGGAGCGUAAGGAAUGUUAUUUUCACCUGAACGACGAGAACCUCUGUGACAGUGUGCUGACCAGCCACGUCACUCUGCAGGAGUGCUGCUGCACGCUGGGAGCCGGCUGGGGUGAUAACUGUGAGGUCCAUCCUUGUCCUGUUAACGGCACAGACCAGUUUAAUCAGAUGUGUCCAUCUGGAAGAGGUUUUAUCCCCGGUGGAGACGAACCCACUGCUGGCAACUACAAAGAUGCAGAUGAAUGCACUCUGUUUGGUCAUGAGGUUUGUAAAGGAGGCUUCUGCCUCGACACUGUGGGCAGUUACGAGUGUUACUGCAAGACCGGGCAGGACUACGACCCCGCCAAACUGGAGUGCAGAGACAUCAACGAGUGUCUGGAUGAGUCGGUGUGUGUCGGUGGACAGUGUCUGAACACAGAAGGCUCAUACAUGUGUUUCUGUACAUAUCCCAUGGUGUUGGACCCCAACAGUAACCACUGUGUCUUCAUUCCUGAUGUAGCCGAGCAACAUGAGACGGAGCAGGUGGACUACCAGGGCAUCUGCUGGAAGACAGUCACAGAAGCCAUGACGUGCACACUGCCGCUGGGUCUCAACAGGAAGACCACGUACACAGAGUGCUGCUGUCUUUUCGGAGAGGCCUGGGGCAUGGACUGUGCUCUCUGUCCACCCAAAAACACAGAGGAUUAUGCAUCCAUGUGUAACCUCCCUCUGGGUGGCGGACGGCGACCGUAUGGCCGUGAUGCCCUGAUUGCAGGCCCUGACCAUGAAUAUGAAGUGAGCCCAGACUAUUCUCAAUCCUCUGAACAGCAGGAAGCUCUGCCCUUCUAUGACACCCAGGAGCAUCAGUACAAGCCGUUUGAGGGUCUGCGGGCGGAGGAGUGCGGGAUUCUGAACGGCUGUGAGAACGGUCGCUGUGUCCGCGUUCAGGAGGGUUACACCUGCGACUGCUUCGACGGAUACACCCUGGACUUGUCCCGCAUGGCCUGCAUCGACGUGAACGAGUGUUCGGAACUCAACAACCAGAUGUCGCUGUGUAAAAACGCAAAGUGCAUCAACACAGUGGGGUCGUACCAGUGUGUCUGUCUGCCGGGCUUCAGCGUCUCCGACAAACCCAACUACUGUGUGGAGGCUGCAACACGCCGCACAUCAACACACACUCAGUGAACAUGGACCAGACCACAUGCACAGAGCUCGUUACACUAUACUUGUGAGGACGUCCACUCACUACAUUCAGCCAAAGAUUAGCUCCAGUGUCCAUUAGCACUUCCUGUUUUAUCAUCAUCAUCAGCAGCAGCAGCAGCAGCAGCAGCAGCAGCAGUGACCUGAAGGCGUCACAAAAUAAGGGGAUUGUACUUAAACCCACGUACAGCACACAUCAUCAUGUUUAAAUCAUUAUUAAAAGAUAGAUGAACAUUAAAGGUCCAGAGUGUAAAAAUGUGAGCCUGCAGAUACGCUGUCACUCCUCUGUGUGUGAGGGAACUAUAACGUACACCAUCUCUGCAUCAUUUCCUCCUCCUCCUCCUCCUCCGUCAGUCUACACAUCAGGUUUGAGUAGCUGGAGCCGCUCGUCUUCAUUGACAUCAUAAGCUUCCGUUUCAACACCUGUAAACGCAGACUACUGUAGAAACACGGAGGAAGGACCUUGCUUAAAUUACAAAUAAUUGAAUUGAAUUGAACUAAAAGACUUAUUCUAAGGCUACAAAAACAAACCAUUUUUAUUUUAAAGCUAUCAAACAUUUACACAAACAUAUUCAUUUUCUGCCAAUAAAUCCUGCUAAAUGUUACACACUGGACCUUUAAUUUGAAUCAAAUCCAAAGUAAGUUGGACAAUAAUAAUCCUCAGAUCUGCUUUUAACUCCUGUUCUGCUGCCUGUGUAAUGAACACACUGCUUCUAUUUGAUGAUGAGCCAUUUUAAUAUUAUGCUCAUCAUGAUCACAUAUUUGAAACUAUUCUAAAAGCUCAGACGUGGCUUUAAACAAGUGCCCCAAGAACCAAGAAGAGACAGUUUGACUUUCAUUCAAACAGAUUAAAGCCUAAAGCUGAUAUUUUAAGGAAAUGUUUGCCACUUUACAUCUUAAACAUUCAUUGUUAAGUUUUUAUAAACCACUCACUUCCCACACCAAAGUCCGUAGAGAAAAUCCUCAUUUUAAACCCUGACACACAUGAGUUUUUGAUCCACUGCUGUUUCCACCCGGUGACACAGAUGUACGACAUGAUGCAGCAGUCGAGUGGCAGCUCUCCUUUCCCAGAAAGCCAAAAAUAUAGAUUUUCUUCCGUGGACUUUGGUGCAGGAAUACAUGUCAAACAUUUUCUUAAUCUAUAGUAGACAUAAGCUAACACACGUGGUGUUUUCACUGAGAGCAUGACAGUCUCAUGAAGACCUGUCAGUGACUCGUACAACUUCAAUUCAAAAGUCCUGAUCUGUCCCUUUGAGCAGAGCUUUGUUAAAUUAAACAUCCCUAAAAGUAUAGAAAUGCAACACACACACACACACACACACACACACACACACUCACUUACUUAACCAACGCCCAUAUACUCUGCACUGUAUAAAACACACACGAAAUUAAACUAAAGUAAUUUACUUGAGAUAAAGAUUCAACUUAAUCUACUAUUUGGUGUCGACCGUAUGUUGGGGAAAGAAACACAGAAUUGUAUAAAAUUGUAUGUUUGUUUGUUGCUUUUCUUAGUUUGUUUUUAAAUGAGAGAUUUACAUGUUACACACGGCCGUUCUUUUGUUUGUUUUUUGCUCAUUUAUUAAAUUGACAAACCCUAUGGACUCGUGCUGGGGGAUCUCGUUUUAUUUUGUACCCAGUCAAAGUGAUUGUGGAUAUUUAAUUCUGUGAAGAGGCCAGUUGUUGGCUCCUCCUCUUUCUCCUUCGCCAUCCCUCUGUCUUCCGUCAGGAAAACGUGAUGACACUACGUUUGUAAAAUCCAUUGUCAUGUUUCUUCCCAUGAAUCCUUUUUGUCACGUGGUUUUCCCGUUCUCCUCUGUGUCUUUGUUUCUGAGAUGACUGAAAUGAAUUUUUCAUCCUUCUCUUAAAUACGUUUCACUGCUAAGUCUUUCCAGGUGGCAAAGCUGCUAUGGGACAGCGAUGGGAGAGAAGGAACUUGUGUACAUUUAAAACAAAAGAGUGGAGAACAAAGCUGAUGUAUUUGUAAUUUGUACAUGGAUAAAUAGCUUUUUUUUCUAUGAAUUCAUAAACAAUGUACAUUAAACCCCUUGGUAUUAAACCACAAAUUGUGAUAUUUAA